CUAGCCUCGCACACCGGUCACCACGAUGCCGGCCCUCUCGUAAGUAUUCUCUCCCUUACUCGAAGCGAGCCUCACACACCAACCCUCACAACGCUAGCCCCCUCGCUAGCCACUCCCUCAUGCAUAACCAAUGCUAUAGCUACCAUUCACCUUGCACAUAGCCUACGCUAA